CCAUUUUUGGCUUCACAUUUUUCAGUUUUUAUUACUUGCCUCAUUUUGGCUAUACCCUUCUAUGUUCAGCUCGAUUUGCUAUUGAAUGUGAUAGCAACUCACCUGAAACACUCACUAUAUAUUACACCCAGAUACAGAUACACAAAUGCAAAUCCCAAGUUUGCAUCUUUCUGUUCUCUAGUUCUUUUGGUAGUAGGAUUGAAACAGAGCAGGCCCAAGAUGAAGUUGUUUUGGGUUGGCAUUGUAGUAGUACUAGUUUUGACCAAAUUGGCUAAUGGGUUUGAGGAGCAUAGUUUUAAUGAAACAGAGCUGUCCUGGUUGGAGAGCUACGGAGAAUCCAAGGCUGCUCUAACUGGGUUGAUGGUAGGACUUACCCUUAUUCCAGGAGCUGGUGCCAAAGGAGCAGUCUGCCUGGAUGGAACCUUACCCGGGUACCAUUUGCAUCGUGGGUACGGGUCAGGAGCAAAUAGCUGGCUCAUCCAAUUGGAGGGAGGAGGAUGGUGUAACACCAUUAGAAAUUGUGUUUACCGCAAAACAACAAGGAGGGGAUCAUCAAAAUUUAUGGAAAAACAGGUGCAAUUUACCGGAAUACUCAGCAAUAAAGCUGAAGAAAAUCCAGAUUUUUUUAACUGGAAUAGAGUCAAGCUUCGCUAUUGUGAUGGUGCUUCUUUUUCUGGGGAUAGUGAAAAUAAGGCAGCACAACUACAAUUCAGAGGACAACGUAUAUGGUUGUCUGCUAUGGAAGAUUUGAUGUCAAAGGGCAUGCGCUAUGCUAAUCAGGCUCUUCUUUCUGGUUGUUCUGCUGGUGGCCUGGCAUCUAUUUUGCACUGUGAUGAGUUCCGGGGCUUAUUUUCAACAAGAACAAAAGUGAAGUGCCUAAGUGAUGCUGGAUUGUUUCUUGAUGCGGCUGAUGUUUCUGGUGGACGCACGCUCAGGAAUUUAUAUGGUGGCGUUGUUGGCUUGCAGGGGGUGCAAGAAACUCUACCACGAAUUUGUCUUAACCAUCUUGAUCCUACAUCGUGCUUCUUCCCUCAGAAUUUAAUCAACAGUAUUAAAACCCCACUGUUUAUACUCAAUGCAGCAUAUGAUUCCUGGCAGAUCCAAUCCAGUUUAGCUCCACCCUCAGCAGAUCCUCGUGGUUACUGGAAGGACUGCAGAUUAAAUCAUGCAAAAUGUUCCCCAAAACAGAUUCAAUUUCUGCAAGGAUUCAGGAAUCAAAUGCUGAAUGUAGUAAGACAAUUCGCAGUGUCUGAUAAAAACGGGUUGUUUAUAAAUUCAUGCUUUGCCCAUUGCCAAAGUGAGAGGCAGGAUACAUGGUUUGCUGACAAUUCUCCAGUCAUCAAAAACAAGGCAAUUGCACUAGCUGUCGGGGACUGGUAUUUUGAACGAACCGGUGUUAAGGGUACCAAGGCAUUUGAUUGUCCAUACCCUUGUGACAACUCUUGCCACAAUCUGGUCUUCCAACGAGCAUAGAGUAAUCAGCUGGCUCUUUUACAUUUUAAUAUUUAUUCCCCUCACUCUAAAUGAAAUAGUCUUGUAAUUCAAUUGAAAUUGAUAGAAGACAAUAAACCAGAAGGCCUGCUGAGAAGUGCAAAUGUCAUCAGCAAGCUCUUCAUAUUUUUAGGGGCUAAUGUAAUGUUUCCAAUAAACUCAUUCCUGUAUUAGUAAUUCCAAAUCAAUGAAAAUGUUUGCAACUCUUCAUUGCAGCC